UCCCUCAGGCUGGGGGUCCGUGGGCUCCUGGGGGUCUCUGAGGAGGUUCCAGGAUCACUCGAGGGACGGUUCUGCUUCAACAGCAUGAAGCAUCAGGACUAUUGCCAUGGGGCUCCUGUUGAGGCGUGACCUGUGACCCCUCACCAUCACAUUCACCUGACUAACUACCUGAGGGGGUGUGGUCAGAGGAGCCAAGGGUCAUCCCCAAUGGCGGCGACCUCCACCGUGCUUGGCAGAGGGCUGGGUCUGAUCCUGGUGGAGUUUGAGUAUGAGUACCAGGGCCGGGACGGGGUGCUGGUCUCCAUCAAACCCAACGAGCGAUAUGAACUGCUAGCAAAGACCAAUGACCACUGGUGGCAAGUUCGGCGUGACAGCAGCUCGAAGCCAUUUUACAUCCCUGCCAAGUACGUCAAGGAGCUGCCAGUGGAUUUCCCCUCCCCCUUGGAUUUUGAUGAUCCAACCAGUGCUGAGCCAGUGCUGGUUCCUGUGGCUGCCCCAGUCCCUGUUCCCAUUCCCGUUCCAAAGACUCUGGAGGAACCCAAUGGGAACAGAAUCAAACAAGGGGACGAGGUGACAAUCCGGCUCAAACCAGAUGCAUCUGCUGGGUACCGUAAGACUGAGAACCGCAUGUCGACAUUUGGCGUCCCGUUGGAUUUUCAUGACCUGUCGCAGCUGGUUCAGACCAGCAGCCCGCUUGCUGGUCCUGCAGAGACUGCGACCAGCAGGAAUACAUACAUCACCCAAGGUGGUCUGAGCAAAAAACAGCCCCAGCUGCCGGGGUGCCCGGAUGACCACAAGGACUCUGUAAAACCACGACUUCCCCCCCUCAGUCCAGCAGACCCGCUCUCUGUAUCACAGCCCCAGACCCAAGCCAUACCGGUGGAGAUGCCAGUGGUCCCUGUGGUCCCCAUAGUCCCCCCCAAUGAUGAUAUCCAAAGCACAUGCUCAUUGUCAGAGAUUUGCCCUGACCACCAGGAUUCCCUGAUGGAGCCAGAGGAGGAGGCAGAGGAGGAGAUGAGCGUGGAGGAGAGCAGCAAGGAGGAGGAGGAUUUACUGAAGGAGCAAGAUUCAAACCACAUUUAUGAGUCCAUUCAAGACCUGAACCUGGACCUGGAGGUUCUGGUUAGAGAAAGAGUGAGUCCUGGACCUGGUCCUGAACUUGCAACUGCCCCACCUCCCACACAGGACCACAGCUCGCUCGGCCAUAACUCACCCAUCUACGCAAACAUCUCUGUGAAGAAAACGUCUCACGACUGUGACGACUUCCUUAUUCCACCACCUCCAACCGAGCCCGCCCCCUUCCCUACAGGCCACACCCCUUCUUCAGUCUCUUCCCCUGACAUAAAAAGCCCCGCCUCCCCCGUCAGCCUGCAGGAUGAGUGGCAGGUUCACACGGACCACGACAGCGGCAGAAUGUUUUAUUUCCAUCCUGUGACGAGACAAACAACCUGGACCGACCCCCACAGCCCCACAGCGCCCCCUGCUGCACUGGCCUCCCCUUCACCGCUGCUCUCCCCCGCCUCCUCUCAGGAUUCUUCUUGUUGGGAGCAGCUGCUGGACGAAGCCUCUGGGAGAUUUUACUACUUCAACCCGUUCACACGAGCCACAUCCUGGACUGCACCUGAGCCCCUCUCCCCCUCCUCCUCCCUUUGGUCGCCCAGCAACAGGAAGCAUGACGACAGCCCGCCUCCACUGCCAGAGGAAGAUUAUCCUGUAGAGGGCGCUAAUGACACUGUGUUUACAACGAGUCCUCAGCCGCCUGUGGGUCUGAUUCCCAGAGUUCAGAUGGAAUUGAAAGAUGGAAGCUCCUCCCAGUUGAGGAUGCAGGAGCCACAAACGAGGACAGGAAACGGAGUUUCUGAGGAGGGAGCGUCUCUGCAGGUCAGGAGCUGGAGACACAGUGUGGCCGAGGACACGUUUGCUCUCGGUCACAGGAGAAACGUGUCUGACCUCACGGAGGUGACCAACAGAAGACUCUCGCCCGACGGUUCACAGUUCUCUGAUAGGCACAGACUGAAGAGGAAUCUGUCCAAUCGGAGCACAGACUCCCACCAGCUGCAUGGCCAUCAGCUGGAGAAAGCAGGAAUCAUCAAUAAGACCAAAGUAGUUGAUAACGGCAAAAGGAUCAGGAAGAACUGGAGUCAGUCCUGGACCGUCCUGCACGGUGGGAUCCUCACCUUCCACAGAGACCCCAAGUCUGCUCCGACUGGGAACGCUAGUAAAGCGUCACAGAUUGUUCCAGAGUACACGGUGGACCUGAGAGGUUCUUCAGUCAGCUGGGCGGCCAAAGACAAGUCCUCCAAGAAGAACGUUGUAGAGCUAAAGACUCGGCAGGGUUGUGAGUUCCUGAUGCAGUACGACACCGAGAGCAUCAUCAGUGACUGGCUCAAAGUGAUCCAGGAGGCCGUCAGACAACUGGAACACGAUGUGGUGACAGAGGACGAGGACGACGCAGCGUCGGACAGAGAAGACAAAGAGCGCAGGAAGACUUCCUCCUUGAGCUCAUCAGGGGUUGACUCUGAGCAGACACGAGUUCGGACCAAACUCCGACGUUUCCUCCAGCGUCGGCCGACGCUGCAAAGCGUCAAAGAGAAAGGAUACAUCAGAGAUAAUGUGUUCGGAUGUCACCUGGACACACUGUGUCACAGAGAACACACAACCAUCCCCACAUUUCUACAGAAGUGUAUCAAAGUGGUAGAACGGAGAGGACUGGACGUUGACGGUAUCUACAGAGUCAGUGGAAACUUGGCUGUGAUCCAGAAACUACGACAUAAAGCUGAUCACGAGGAGCAGCUGGACCUGGACGAUGGCCUGUGGCAGGAGAUCCACGUGAUCACCGGAGCUCUGAAACUUUUCUUGCGGGAGCUUCCAGAGCCGCUGUUUCCCUUCAGCUGCUUCGACAAGUUCAUCGCUGCUAUCCAAGUUCCAGAUCACAGUCUGAGAGUGUCCUACAUGAAGGACCUGGUUCGAUCGCUGCCUCUGCCAAACCACGACACCAUGGAGCUGCUGUUCAAACACCUGCACAAGGUGACCGAGCACAGGGACUCCAACAGGAUGUCGGUUCAAAGUGUCGCCAUCGUGUUCGGACCCACGUUGCUCCGCCCACAGACUGAGUCCCCCAACAUGACCAUCCACAUGGUUUUCCAGAGCCAGAUUGUAGAGCUCAUGCUCAAUGAGUUCCAGUUUGUCUUUUCCCAGACGUAGGAAGAACCUACUGUGGAAUUUACAAGAACCAUUAGAGAACCUCUGGGGGGCGCCAGAGCACCAUGAGAAAUGCCAAUAAUCUUCUGAAGUGACAGAGAAGCUCCAACACCUCCUGUCACAUGGUUCCGUUUCUAAGCAAAGUCAGAGUCUUCUACAAAACUCUGGAUCUGUGUAGAUAAACAUCAUCAUCUCGCUCUAUCAAGAUCAUGCUGCCACAUUCUGACCCUCUCAAAGCUCUGUGACUUGAAUGAUACAGGUAGAACCUGAUAGAACCCUGGAUCAGUUUGGAACCAGCUUUGCUUCUCAUACAAAGACCAAACCGCUCAUUUAAAUCCCCAAAUAUCUCACUUUAAAACAAAAUAUCCAAAUUUAUAUAAAACUUUGUAGAACUCUUCACACCCUCCUUCUUAUCUUUUUACAGAAAAAAAAUAUAUAGCAGUGCUAAACCUCCUGAUAUUUCUCAAUUGGUGCAAGAAGAAAUUCAACCUAGUUUCAAAUCUUCUGGUUUUGAAAGAUCACAUGACACACCUCUCUGACCACACUGUCCAGAAGGAUUCAGGAAGAACUUUGGCUUCACUUCAGACUGUACAACCUGCACCUUAAAACCCAAAGAACUAACUAAAUCUACAAGUUCAAGUCUCACUCACAACCUCGUAAAACUCACAAAAUCUCCUGGUUGUAACGAAUUUCUGACAUUUAACUUUAACGUAACCUAGAAGAAGAAGAAGAACAACAACAAGAACAGAAGAACAAGAACAAGAACAAGAACAAGAACAAGAACAAGAACAAGAACAAGAACAAGAAGAACAAGAACAAGAACAAGAACAAGAACAAGAACAAGAACAAGAACAAGAACAAGAAGCAGCAGCUGCAGUCUUCACCUCCGACAAUAAAAUGUUUGAACCAUGAGGACGUUCAUUUGAACUAGUGUGGAGUGCUGUAGUACUGUAGUACUUUGGAGUACUGUAGUACUUUGGAGUACCAUAGUACUGCGCCUGAAGGUGCUGAUACUGCUUGUGAUACCACCAUGAUGUUACCAUGGCAACCAGAUGACCUGCCCAACUGACAACAUGCCCAUUUACAAACCAAUCAGGGUAAAGUAUAGGUAGACUCCGCCCACGUAGGUGAUGGCGACAGGACGCACGUAUGUCAGACAAAAUUCUGUCCCUAAAUUAGGAUGUGAAACCAGAACCAACCAGAACAAUUGAAACUACUGAACAAACACAUGAAGCUUCGGAAUCUCAGUGAGAAAACGUCACAAAAGAACAUGAGACACAAACUCUCAUCCUUGUCCUUUGAAAUGUUUACAGGGAUUGAACCUGGAGCCACUAAGAAAAGCUGGAGUUGACCAAUGAACCCUGAACUCGCUCUCGUACCCAAAGAGAUUUGCUUGUUGGAAUCUUAAAAACUUAAAGUGUUUCGUCUCUAUUCGUUGAAAUGUCUCAUGAGCUUGAACCAAAGAAACAUCUCACUCAGGUAAAGACCUGAAUUUUCACUCAUUGUGAACAUGAACAGGUGUUUUUAUGUCUGUGAUGCUGUAUCCAUGGAAACCAUCGAUACAGUUUCUCACAGGAAUUCAUCAGCUUGAUGUCUGAAGUCUUGCUUCUUCUCCAACUUUAUUUUUAAUCUGAUGUCUGACCAUUGGAAAAUGUUGUCACUAACAGGAGGUGGACCCUGGUGUGCCGGUUGUCAUGACAAUAGUUCAAAGUUCCACAUUUACCACAGUUUUGAAACAACAUCCUACGUACGAUAAGUUUGAUUUCAGUUAUUGCGAUGAUGAAUUCAUGAGGUGAAAUAAUCCUGAAGAACGUGUUUCCAGUCAUGAGGUUGAGAAGAAAGUGAUACUAUUUUUAAAUAAAUAAUUGAUUUUAUUACAAAGGGAACAAUUAAAAUAUUAUAAGCAAGCAAAUAUUUAAUUUAUAAACGCUUGUCCUGUACUGUCACCAUGGUUAUAAUGAAGUCAGGAGCAAUAAUUCAAUUAUCAAUUAUCAAAAAGCUAGAUGAAUAUUUCAUUGAGCGCUUCAAACUGUGACGUGCAUCUUGUUUAAUAAUCGGGUCUCAAUCAUCAAAUUGGUUCAUUCUUUAGAAUCUUUUAUCCCAAGUGAAAAAUCAACAGUUCUUUCAUUCAAAACAUUCGGGAGUCUCAGUAAGAGAAUACAAUCUCGAGUUCUGUGUGACAUUUACUGACUCUGGUCAAAUACCCGUUUACAAAGUAUAUUUUUUACAUGAAACCUUCAUUGUUUUUAAACACUGGGUCAAAAUGUUAUUCUGGAUGUGACAGUGAUGUUUUUGGAGAGUCAUCACAUUGAAGAGAUAUUACGUCAUCACAGUACAACCUAAACAAUUUACAAACUGCUUCCCGUCUUUGUGCUAAGCUAGGCUAAAUGCACCCUGGAUCUAUCUGAAGAAAGUCUUAUCAGGCUUAGGGAGUUUUCUGUAAAUCUAAAUGAGGUCUAUUGGAAAGUUGGAAGGACCCAGGAUGUUUCCCUGAGGGACACAUACAGAACCAGCAGGUUCUGAUGAAACGUUUAAUGUGCUGUGACAACACAUCUGAACAAUGCUGUGUGUUUUGAUAGUAUCAAAUUAAUAUAUGUAUUAAAAAAUGCAGAACAAAGUUAAGAUGAACAGAUUGAACUCUGUAUAUAAAAGGUAUUUUACUGAUUUUAAUAAAAACUGAUCAUUGUGACACUUUU